AUGAUCGUCUCAAAUCCUCUCAUGCGCGCGGCGCUCCUCGCGCUCGCGGCCUGCGCCUGCGCCGACGACGACGUGGCGGCCUACUUUGCGACGCUGCCGCGGACCAUCCCCCACUGCGCGUCGCCGGCGCGGCCGGCGCGCGGCGCGCUGGGCGUCUGCGUCUACGUGGACCCGAGCGGCGGCCUCGUGCACGCGCGGGACCUCGGCACGGUCGCGGGCAGCGGCAAGCAGAUGCUCAUGGACAUGCUCCUGCGGGGCACCUUCGCCGACCUCGCCGCGAGCGGCCGCCUGCCGCGGCGCUGGCUCUCGUUCUGCAUGGUCUACACCGCGUCCGGCCCGUCGCGCCGCGAGCGCUUCCCGACGCUGGGCUUCGGCAAGCGCGAGCCGGCGACGCAGCCGGGCCUGCUCGUGCCGAACCCCUUCUUCGUCGCGCCCAAGUGGUGGGCCGAGUACGCCGCCAAGGCCGCGAAAGCCGCGGCCGCGCGGCCCUUCGACGGCCGCGACGACCGCGUGCUCUUCCGCGGCGCCUGCGGCCCCGGCGCCAAGGCGCGGCUCGAGCUGCUGAGCCUGCGGGGCCUCGACGGCGAAAUCGACGCGGGCUUCACGGCCGUCGACGGCUACGAGACCCUACAAAAGUGCGUCGACGACCUCGCGGCGCGCCACGGCGUCGUGCCCGCCGCGGGCGCGUCCCGGCGCGUGGCGCCCCUGCCCAUGGCCAACUACAGCACCUACAAGUACCUGCUCCACAUGCCGGGCGCGGCGACGGGGAGUUACUCGCGGAACCUCCAGUACCUCUUCAGCCACGGCGCCGUCGUGCUCGUCUGGCGCCACGCGGCCAUCGAGUGGUACUACCGCCACCUCGUCGACGGCGUCCACUACGUCGCCGUCGACGCGGCGAGCCUGCCGGCGACGCUCGCGGCGCUCCGGCGCGACGCGGCGAAGCGCGCGGCGCUCGUCGCGGGCGCGCGGGCCUUCUUCGACGCGCACCUCGCGGCGCCGCGCCUCGUGGACCGCUGGGCCGCGACGCUCGGGGCCCUCGGCGACCGCCAGGAGGGCGGGCCGCCGGCCUUCGACGCGGCGGCCGCGUGCACGUGCGAGCCCCGGCUCGCGGAGGCGUACGCGCGGUGCGCCAAGUGCGAGAUCACGACGAAGCGCGGCAACACCAUCGCCAAGUUCGUCGGGCUCGUGCCGAAGAAGCGGGCGGCCGUGAAGAUCCUCGGCCACGUCGAGGCGGCGCUCAAGCUCCUCGAGAGCAACGACGCGGCGACGGCGGCGGGCACGCGCAAGCUGCUCAUCAAGGCCCUGCGCAACCUCGAGCGCGAGCCGGCCAACGACAAGUUCCGGUCGCUGCGCACGACGAACAAGACCAUCGACGCCAAGGUCGUGAAGGUGCGCGGCGGCGUGCCGCUUUUGCAAUGCGCGGGCUUCCGCGCGGAGGGCGAGUUCCUCGUCGCCAAGGGCGACGCGGCGGCCGUCGGCGCGGCGGCCAAGGCCGUCGCCGACGCGCUCGAGGCGGGCGACGGGUCCUACAAGGUGCGCGCCGUGCUCGCGCACGGCGCCUGCGUCCGCGGCGUCGCGCUCGGCGCCGACGGCGUCGCGGCGACGGGCGCGCUCGACAACGUCGUCCGCCUCUGGGACCUGCGGGGCAACCUGACGCGGGAGCUCCGGGGCCACGAGAAGCCGCGCAUGAGCGACGGCGGCGUGCUCGCCGUGGGGCUCGUCGACGGCGGGCCCGCGCUGUCCGGCGCGCGCGACGGCGCGCUCAUGGCCUUCUGCCGCGACGGGUCCGCGGCGAACCGCUACGUGGGGCACGGCGAGCCCCUCGCGAACGAGCCCAAGCUCACGAACGCCCAGAUCAUCUCCAGCGUCUGCUACGACCGCGCGUCCGGGCUCGUGCUCACGGGCGGCUGGGACCGCACGGUCAUCUCCUGGGACAUCGUGGGCGACGCGCCGGCGAAGCGCUUCGGGCCCUUUGGGGCCGCGGUCAACGGCAUCGCCGUCGUCCCCGGCGCGGCGGGCCCGACCUGCUGCGCGGCCGCCGGCGACGGCACGCUCGCGUGCUUCGACCCGUCGAAGCCGCCCGCGGCGGCGACGCUCUGGGUCAACGCGACGGCCACGAAGGGCACGCCGCUCCGCGGCUGCUGCGUCGCCGGCGGUUUCGUGGGCACCGUGUCCAACGACGGGCUCGCGCGGCUCUGGGACCCCGAGGACGGCGCGCUCGUCCGCGGCGCGAAGGCGAACGCGGACGGCUACCUCUUCGCGGUCUGCGGCACGGCCGACGCGCUCUUCGCGGGCGGCGACGACGGCUUCGUGACGAAGUUCGCCGCGCCGUCGCUGGCGGUGCUCCUCCGCGUGCCCCAGCCCGCGGCGGUCUGGUCGCUCGCCGCGCGCGGGUGCGACCUGCUCGUGGGGUUGGACGACCACGUCGGCGCGCUGCUCUGGACGGCGGACCCCGCGGAGGCGUUGGACGGCCACGUCGCGGAGUCGAUCCUCGCGUCGUGCCACGCCGCGGCGACGGCCGUCGCGGGGCUCGGGCCGUCGCCGGCGCUCGAGGGCGCGGCGGCCAAGGCCGCGUCCGCGGACGCGGCCCAGGGCGGCGACGUGUCCAUGGGCGGCGAGGCGCCGCCGCCGCCGAACCCGAACUUCGACUUCUCCUUCCCCGUCGAGCUCGCGGGCCGGCCGGGCCUCCAGAUCAACUGGAACCGCGGCGACGACGCCGACUCCGUCGCGAUCGCGUUCUGCGACGACAACGGCAUCCCCCGGAACCAGCUCGGCGACGUCGUCGUCUUCGUCCAGAACGCCAUGGGCUCCGUCGAGGGCGGCGGCGCCGCCGCCGCGCCGCCGCCGAGCCAGCUCAGCGACGCGCAGAAGGCCGACAUGGUCAACCAGGUCGUCAACAUGGGCGUCGACGUCGAGCAGGCCUACGCCGCCCUCGAGAAGACCAACUACGCCUCCGUCGAGCUCGCCCUCUCGACCAUCUUCGGCUCCUGA